UAGCGAAGUUUGUUAUCGAUGAGGUCAGCAGUCGGCUAUCGGAGGUCGAGUUGGCGGCCGCCCGCUUGCCAGUGCUUCGCUUGACCCCGGCUAUACUCUCGCGAUACCGAGUUUCUUACCUCAACCAAAAAUCCUUCUUAAACUUGAAACUACUCGUGUAGAGGAAGCUUGUGUAGCGCAAUAUUUUCCUGUUAAUAUGAAGACCCUUGUGAUAUUACUCUUCGCAUUCUGCUACGUGCAUUGUCGAAAAACAUAUCCACCUAUCGACAAAAAUGCGAAUUUGGCCUUCAUCAACAUGGAAGGCGGUGGUGGUACCAGACCCGGGAGCCAACCUCAAACUUUGCCUGCCAGGGCACCUUCGCCACCUGCUUCUCCACCAGCCAAGGCGCCUGUUGCGCCAGUCAACCUCCCAGUGACGGCUAAGCCAGCAGUCGUUCCAACUCCGAAGCCAGUAUCACCCACACCAGCGGUACCCAAGCCCGCUGCGCCGUCAUCACCAAAAGUGGUCCCUCAGACCCCCAACCAAAUCAAACCCGUGCCAGUCAACCCUGCCCCCGUUUCCAACCCCGUCUCGACCCCUGGACCUGGCAGCGUGAAGCAGCUGGUCAACUUCUACGACAGUCAGGGCAAGGGCAGCCCCAUCAGGCCAUACAGCUACAGCCAAGCUGUGAAACAAGGCUGAUUUAUUUAAGGUAUCCCUGACUAUGGUGAUUACUGACCGACAGGACUAAAGUGGUGUUAUGAAAUUAGAAAGCUCUUUUCCUUGACAAUAU